UUGACCUGUAUCUGAUUCUUCCCACUCUAGAUUUAGUCUGCUCCUACUUUCUCUUUUCCUUUUUAUUUUGUCCGCUUUUCCCUUCCUUUACUAGUUUCUCCCUCAUCUCUGUUCUUCUAUAAAUUUCCUAUCCUUCUACCUCUUGGUAUAUAAAAGCCUUAACAGUUGAAGCGCUUCUUUUAGUGCUAAUAAUAUAAUAUUUGUAUGAUUUAUGGCUGACUCUUCUGCUUCAUACAUCCACAUGGUGCACCAUCUUAUAGAAGAAUGCUUGAUAUUCAACAUGAGCAAAGAAGAGUGCAUGGAAGCUUUGUCUAAGCAUGCAAAUAUUAAACCAGUCAUUACUUCAACAGUUUGGAAUGAGUUGGAGAAAGAGAACAAGGAGUUCUUCGAGGCUUACACAAGCGGCAGAGACCAGAGAGCAACUGACAUAGAGAAAAGGCAAAGGAUCCAGAGUAGGCUCGAUGCUUCCAUAAGGGAGAAUAAUGGCAAGGACUGAUUAUCUAUAACUCAAAUCAAGAGUUAGAAUUAUUAAAGUAGUUUAUGUAAUUAAUAAUCAGCAUAAAAGUCCCGCAGUAGAGAUGCUUCGGAAAGUCACUUCCUACACGGCAUUGCCUGUGACUCCAAAAGGAGCCUACAACAAGAGUGAAGAGAAAGAAAACGAUAAAACGACGUCGUUGGAUUGGUUGGUUGUAGUAAAAAUCAUUGAUGAAGAACAAAAGAUUAAAAAACAAAAAAAAAAAAAAAAGGAAAAGAGAAACAGUAAUCGGGAAGCGUGACGGCAUGUGGAGCAGUGUGUGGACGGGGGUUGCAUGACUUGAUGGCACGUUGUAUAAACGUGUCACCGCCCUCUUUGUUUCUUUUGAUUGCGUGUCCUGACUCCCGUGUCCUAGUCCAGGCUAGCUAGGUUUCUUCGUAAAAACUUAACCCCCUUUGGCCUUUCUCUCUGUCCGUAGUAUUUGUAUGUUUAAAUGAGUCGUGGGAAUGGGAUUUUGGGACCAUGUUUAAAAGGGACGACUGACGACUGUGCGUCAUUGUCACAUCCCAAACUUUCUUUUUUUCGUUUUGAUCAAUGAAUUUGAAGCAAGGGAUCAAUUUAUAUAUA